UCAAGGUUUUCAAAGGGAAGUUACUGGCUAGGUAGCAGUGAAAUGAGGAAGUUAAUUUAUCCUAGUAUUUCGUUUGCCUUUCAAAAGAAAAAAAGCUAUUUUCUUAAAUAAAUAAAAAAACUUUUGGUGAGUUGUGUUGUGAUCACUGAUCAGUAGUUUAAUGGUGGUGUGAGUUUUUUUUUUUUUUUGGCUUUAUUUUUAUUUUAUAAUCUUCUCAUAUAUCAAACAAACGGAUCAAUUGAUUAAAGUUUUAGGGAGAUUCCCAAAUGAGAACAGGACCGUCAUAAGAGAUAAAUGAGUGCAAUGAUGAAUGUGACUUGUGUUGGGUUUUUACUUGGUAUAAAAAAUGUAAAUACCACUAAAAUAGUUUUUUUAAUUAAUAUUUUGAAAUAAAAAAGAUAAUUAAUCUACACCACCAACAGUCCCAUAGUCACCACCAAAACAUGUGACUUGAUUACUGAGUCGGAUUUAACAAUUAUGUUAAAGAUUUUCAUCGAUUAAAGAAAAAGAAAAGAAAAAAAUAGCUUCCUUGCUGCGGCAUGUCUUAAUAUUUCGAUGCCUUAGGGUCCGAUCUCGAACGAUAUCUGAAUAUGUCUCCUCUAUGCUUUCAUCUUUAUUAUCCAUAACAUGUUUAUCUCCCUCUUUCUUUCUCUCUCACUCUCUCAUCAGUCCCUCUAUCCAAAGUAUUUCUUGUUUCUUUUCUCAUAAUACUGGUUCGCCAUUAAUUUGGAGUGUUCAAGUAGUCGUCCGAUACUUGAUUUCCCAUUCUAUAGAUGGCAACCGAUCCAACCGAGAACCCAUCUGAUCAUCAACGACUCGAAGCUGCAGAUGCAAAAAGGAAAAGGAAACAGGAAAUCGACAAGAAGUCUCGUGAAAAGAAAAAGAAAAAGCUGGAAAACAAUGAGGCGCAGUUGAAAACUCUUCAAGAUGAGUGCAACUACUACAAAGGACAAUUAGAUCUUUGUAAGAAGUCAAUGAUGAAACCUUUAUUGGAUGAAGCAUGUCAGAUCGGAAAAUUUGUUCAGGAGCUUGGAGAAAGUAGAGGGCACACCAGAGACACUGUCGAGAAACAAACUGAUAUGGUGAAUCAGUUUUGGGAUAUAAUAAAGAAAAUUAUGCAGCCACUCCCUGGUGGAAGCGGCAGCAUAUCUGCCUCCACAGACAAGGAUGCUUACCCACCACUAGAGCUAUCUGUUGCAGCCAUUAAGUCAGAUGGAUCAGUAACGACAGAGUCAUUCAAACCGUGCCAAUCACUCCCCGAGGAGUGGACCCAGCUGGCAAUGGGGGGACAAGAGCGGCUGAUACGGGCCUUCUUUGGGCUCAGGGAGCAUUAUACGGCCACAACAGCACACCAUGCACGGGAGAUAGCAGACCGUGACCAAGAGCUGAUAAACUUGAAGGAGGAGCUUGCGAGGGCUGAGGCCAUGCCUUAUAAGAUCUUAUUCGAAGAAAAAGAGCCACCAGAAUUGUAGAAGAGAGGUGCUGUCCUGGGUGCUGGAGGAGAAGGAAACGCCAAGAAGCUUUAUGGGAAUUAAGUAAUCAACAAGCAGGACUAUAACUGAUUAAUUAAAGCUUCACACUCUUAAAACUAUGAAAGUUUUCUCUACAUUUAAAGGUUGCAGCCUUUAGAUUUAAGAACUUCAGUUUAUUUAUCUACAUAUAGUUAAGGUUUAUAGAACUCCAGGGAUCGAUUGAGAAGCCUUAUAUAUCCAAGCUAUAGGCUGCGUCUUUUACCCUGUUA